GUUCAAGUCUUUGAAUUAAACCUAUUAAAAUACCACCCCCACUCUACUAUACAAUUUCUAUUAAGAGAGUAAUUUGUUCAACAAAAAUAUGUUAGGAAAACAAGUUUUUGCAAUUUUUCCGGUCAUUAUUAUGGUGUUAUUUAGCAUCCAAAUAACUAUUACAACACAUAGUUACGUCGUUGGAGAUAGUGUUGGUUGGACAUUCGGUGUUAGCAGCUGGGCUAAUGAGAGGAAAUUCGAUGCUGGCGAUUUGCUUUUAUUCAAAUAUCAUAAAGGCGUUCACAAUGUGAUGAUAGUGAACAAAGCGAACUACGAUAAUUGUAAUGCUAUAGGAAAAACACUUAGUUCGGGCAAUGAUAGUGUAACCCUUGGCAAGGUUCCAAACUACUUCAUUUGUGGUAUUGAUGGUCAUUGUAAUGAUGGCCUAAAGAUGGAAGCUAUUGCUCAUUAAAUAAAUAAUAAAGUAUUUGUAGCUUUCUUCCCAUCAGUUAUCUCUUAAUUUCUAUGUUUGAGAGGAGGAAAUGUAAGAAUUAAGUGACAAAUGAAUAAAUGAUUAGAUCAUAUUUUCGACAUAUAACAUGAAGCCAUAUUUUAUAUUAGUAGUGAUAAAUGUAUGUUUUCUCUGGAAUUGUUAGAAUGGCUUUAUUUAGGCAACUCCUAUUUGAAGUUGUUGAAGAAAGAUGUCACUUUGUAGAUGAAAUUUUUCUCUUAUUUGAUUGCC